AUGCCCUCCAUGAUUUCGUAUAUUCCUUCCAGAUACCUAGCUCGAACCCUUUUCUCGAUGACGCGGACUUUCAGCACAGGUAUCGAGACCCAGAACCGAACCGAAAAGCUUGAACGAAUAGCAGAUGAGCUUUUGAGUCUCAACAAGAUAGAGCGCUUCGAUUACGCAAUCCUCUUAAGGCACAAAAUGGGUCUGAACCGGUUCGGCCCGGCAGCUUCGGGAACUGGUCUACAGUCCACGUCAGCAGCAGCAGGCGGCUCAGCAUCCGCGGCUGCGCCACAGGCCGCCAAAGAGAAAACAGCGUUUGAUGUGAAAUUGGAGAAAUUUGAUGCAUCGGCGAAGCUUAAGGUGAUUAAGGAAAUUAGGGUGUUUACUGAUUUGGGUCUCAAGGAAGCUAAGGAUUUGGUGGAGAAAGCGCCGGUGGACCAAUUCUUCCCCUACGGCUUUCUAGAGGCUGAGAAGAUAGUGGAGAAGCUCAAGGAAGUUGGUGCUACUGUAGUAUUGGAAUGA